UUUCAAAGCUUGCGCUGCUUGAAGAUUCAGAGGGGAAGAGGAUAUGAAGUUUGAAGGUACUGUACCGCAGGCGAUAAGGAAGCCCGGAAUCUAUGGCAGGUGCACUUGCAGUCCAUCUCAAUUCUCUCCAUCGUUCUUUAUCGACAACAAUGUGAGGAAGCCAUCACUUCUUGAGGCCAGGGCUGGGGACUCUGCCCUUGAGCUCUCACCCGAACUAUGCAGGAAGAACGCAAAGGAUCAUUCAUCUUGAACCUACUUGCAACCAUGACAAGGAGUGAAGUGGCUGGCCUCUACGCUCAGGGCACGCUCAAUAUCCCCCGACCACGCCACGAACAACAGGAUAUUCAAUCAGAGGUCCUACCGGACCAACAGGGGGAGCUUUCUAGGAAGGACAAUUUGUACGGUCUGGAUUGUGGUUGUACUAUGAAGAGACUAUUUGAGGAGCGACACAGACGGAAUUGCAGUGGCCGAAUCAACCGAGAUCCAGGGAAAGACGAUUACCACGGUGGCCCGGGCGGUGUCCAAGGGACUGGUAGAACCCGCGAUUGCUCCGUCCAAUUGUACAACCUCUCCAGAUUGGGCGUGUAGUGUUCCAGUGGGCUCGUUAAGGCGGGCCGUCGACGUACCCAUCCAUUAUUUUUGGUGGUGACCAAACGUCACCUGUCUCGUCGAGGUGGAGCAGAGUUAUGAAGUGGUAUAUCAUGAGCCCUGCUUUCUUGUGUAGUUCCUUAUGAGUGGCCUCUAAAGCUUCAAGUUGGGGCAGUCGAACAGCCUGAGCAG